CUCCCUACAAACAGAGAAGGAAAUUGGACUAUACCCUUUUCAUCUAGAUUUGAAAAUUUUGAAAACUUUAAAAUUUUUAACACGGGGGAUGGUCGACAGUUAGUAAUUUUUCAUGCUACGAACAUGUGCAAGAUUUGGUGGAACUUACCGGUUUGUGCGUGAAUAGCUAGAUUUCUUUUGUCCUAUAUUUCCCUCUUUCAUCAUUCUUGCGGCCUUCCAGAUUCCCUGCCCCGUUCUUUGGCCUCAGUAAUUUGUUCUCUCUUUAUUAUCAUGUUUUCUUUUGUGCCCGCGCGAGUGUGUGUGUGUGUGUGUGUUUUUUUUUUUUAUAAAAGUUGUGUGGUUCAAUAUGAAGCCUAGUCAUGUCUAUGUGAGUAAUUGAACAAAAACAUUCACAAGGUACCUCACCUAGGUUCACACGUGUUGGUGUUAGCCUGCAUUCUUUCUGCAGAUUGUAAAAUUCGUGUGUUCCAUUAUGUGCCAUAAACUUAAUUGUCUUUAUUGCUGAUUAUGGUUACAUUUUCUGGUUAUUCUGAUUGAAAAAUUCACUACCGAAACAUGGAAUUAUCAGAAUAUUGUCAAAGUUCCCCUAGUUGAGUUUCGUUUCUCUGUGGUUCCCUUUGCUGAUUCAUUGGUAUGCAUAUUGCAUCUAGCCUUAUAGUCUCAUGGUUAUCUUUUAGGUAAUUCUAUAUUUGAAUUGAAAAAAAAUGGGAGGUGGAAAGGACAAGCACGAUGAACAAGACAAAGGGCUUUUCUCUCAUCAUGGCCACUAUCCUCCUGGACAGUACCCCCCGGCACAGUAUCCCCCAGGACAGUAUCCACCAGCUGGAGGCUACCCUCCGCAAGGGUAUCCACCAGCUGGAUAUCCUCCACAGGGGUAUCCUCCAUCUGGAUAUCCCCCACAGGGGUAUCCUCCAUCUGGAUAUCCCCCACAGGGAUAUCCCCCCGGUCCAUCGGGACAUCACUCGGGUCAUGGACCUGGUGUAGGAGCAAUGCUGGCUGGGGGUGCUGCAGCUGCAGCAGCAGCCCUUGGUGCCAGUCACAUGGGCCAUGGUGGCGGCCACUAUGCUCACGGUGCUGGCCACUAUGGCCACGGCCACGGAGUCGGUCAUUAUGGUCAUGGCAAGUUUAAGCACGGCAAGCAUGGAAAAUUCAAGCACGGAAAAUUUGGCAAGCAUGGCAAGCAUAAGGGACACGGAAUGUUCGGAGGGAAAUUCAAGAAGUGGAAGUGAUCCAUUUUACAAAAUGUCUAACAAUAUGUUUCUUAGUUGCUGGCUUUUAUAAAUAAAAUCUGAGACAUGGUAAAGCAGCCAACAGGUCUGCUAUUCUUAUUUUCUUUACUUUUUGAAUGGGUAUAUGUUAUGGUAGAUGAAGCCUUUAUCGGCUGGCUGAUAUUGUGUUGUUAGUCCUGACAUGUGGUCGGGUAUCAAGAUCCUGCUUUCAUAGGAGAAAAUGUUGAAUUCACAAUGUUAUGUUAGGAAUUCGAGGAUUAGUUUUUGUUGUCAUUGAUAUGCAAAACCACUCUAGAGAAUUCAUUCUCUUGUGUUGAAUGAGUAAAGAUUGUUACUCAUAUAAUAGUAUGUUUUGUCAAUAGAGUAAAGAUUGUUCUUAGAA